CUGCAGCAGCAAUAGCAGGAGCAGCGGGCCUGGCAUGCCGGCGGGCCGCCCCGGCCGCUGGCCCUCCGAGUCUGGCGUCGCCAUGGCCCGGUAGCCCCGCCGAGGGGCUGCCCCUUUGCCAGCUGCUGCCAUGAGCGGCGGGAAGAAGAAGAGCGGCUUCCAGAUCACCAGCGUCACCUCCGACUACCAGCCCAAGGAGGGCCCGCUGGCCGGAGAGGCCAAGGGGCCCCCGCCCGCCCCUGAGGAAGCAGCGGAGGCCGGGGAUGGCGAGGGCACCACGGGCCCCAAAAACGGGCCUUCUGCCCCCGGCUCUCCGGGGGCGCCACCCUCUUUCCAGGGGCCCGGAGGAAUGGCCGGCUCUCGCUUCCGCGUGGUCAAGCUGGACCAGGGCUCCGGAGAGCCAUACAAGCGCGGCCGCUGGACUUGCCGGGACUUCUACGAGCAGGAAGCGGAGAAGCUCCCCUGGGGACGCUUUGCGGACUCGGCCCGGCACCCCCAGUCCCUGGACUCCCGCCUGGAAGUGGCCGGACUCCUGCCCAAACCGCUCAGCCUGUACAGUCCCCAGCCGCAGCGCCGGGGCGCCUGCCUGCACUCCCAGCUGGUCCUGCCCGUCCCCGGCUCCUCCUCGGGCCACCAGGCCCGCUCCCUGGGGGGCGGGUUGCCCCUGCUGGCCCACCCCAACAGGACUCCUCCCAGCCCUGUGGCCCUCCGCAGCCCCCUGGCCGUGCCCGAGCCACGGGCGCCAGCUCCUGGGGAUGGCACCAAAGAACCCGCUGACCGGAGCACGCCCGCCACCGUCCCGACCCUGGUGGUGGAGGAGCAUUUGCUUCCCAAGAGUGUCACCCAGCUGAUCCAGAGAGACACGGAGGAACGGUGCAAGGUCCUGCCCAGAGAGUCCCGCUCGCGGCCCUCGUCCCCGGCACCCCUCUUCCUCCGAGAUGCCAGCCCCAGCCGGAAAACCUCAGACCCUUUCAGUGCGGCCCGCUUCAGCUUGGCACGGUCCAUGUUGGGCAUGGGGGUUGCCCACGACAGCGACGAUGACAGCGGGACAAACAGCAGCAUGAUCGCCAUAGACAACAAGAUUGAACAAGCCAUGGACCUGGUGAAGAGCCACUUGAUGUUCGCCGUGCGGGAGGAGGUGGAGGUGCUGCGGGAACAGAUCAAGGAGCUGUCGGAGCGCAACACCUUGCUGGAGCAGGAGAACGCCUUGCUGCGCUCCCUGGCCAGCCCCGAGCAGCUCUCUCGCUUCCAGGCCCAGCUUCACGCGGCCAAAUCCCCCCCCAGCGGCACCGCGUGACCCUGCAUUUGUCAGGAAGGGGUGUGAUUGGUACUGAGGGGUGGGGGGAGGGGUGUGGAUGGGGAGGGUAUGAGACACAGAUUCCCGGAGAUGUGAAUGGGGUGGGCAGAGCACAGUGGGGAGGGUGCGUGCGGGCAUGAGUGUUUGAAGCCAGCCUUGGGGGGAGGGGAACUAACACAGCAUGUGCCUUUAGGGGGGGUAGAAUCAGAGCUUCUUGGUGUUGUCCCCCAGCUCUGGAAAGGGAGUGGGAUCUUGCACAGAAGACACGACAAAUGGGUGGAGGUGGAGAGGGGGCCCGUUUCGCUCUCUCACUGAUGGGGGUGAACCUCAAAAGCCCCAAAGGGGCCAGGUCCCUCCCUCUCUCCCCUCCCCCAACCCCAGCUGGGAUAGUUCUGCAGUCAUUUCGCUGAAAUGGAGUAUGAGUGUCGGGGGGUGGGGUGUUUCCACGGGGCCCCCAGGCACCGUUGGAAGGGGGAGGAGUGCAGGCUGGGGGUAGAUGGAGGUGGCAAUAAUUUUAUAUUGGACACUUUUUUUCAGUAUUUCAGGUUAUUAAAGUGCAGAAUUGC